AUGUCCGAUUCAGAUUCUGACGCACGAUCGAUCGCUAGCAUGGAUCGCGAUCUACCCAACAUUCUGGUCACUGGUACUCCCGGUACAGGAAAGACAACAACAAGUGAAGCGAUCGCCAAUGCUACUGGUUUGCAACAUAUCAACGUUGGUGAGCUUGUCAAGCGUAAACAGUUGCACGAAGGCUACCUCGCCGAGUAUGAUACCCACAUCCUGGAUGAAGACAAGCUUAUUGACGAGAUGGAAGACAUGAUGCAAGAAGGCGGCAAGGUGGUGGAUUUCCAUACAUGCGAGAUUUUCCCAGAACGAUGGUUCGACCUUGUUCUCGUAUUGCGAGCAGAUACUUCACCAUUGUAUGAUCGUAUGGAGAAGCGUGGAUACAACCAACGAAAGUUACAAGAAAAUAUCGAAUGCGAGAUUAUGCAAGUUGUGCUCGAGAGUGCACGAGAAUCCUACGCACAAGAAAUCGUUGUCGAGUUACCGAGCAACAAUGUGGACGAUAUGGAAAGCAACGUGGAUCGUGUCAAACAAUGGCUUGAUGCAUGGAAACAGCAACAUGGCAAAUGA